AUGUUAAAUCCUACCUCCCCGAUCUCGCCAACGGCCGUUGGAAGAAAACGACCACACCGCAUAACUGAGCCCGUCGCCGCUCCGCACGAUAUAUCGUCGCAACCCCAACAACAGCCGAUGAACGAUGGUGCAGCCGCAGCCGCAGCCACCGCUCCUACUUCUUCGGCGAGUUCCUCUUCCUUUCGCAAUGUGUCCGCUUGUAACCGCUGCCGGCAGCGGAAGAACCGCUGUGACCAGCGACUUCCACGAUGCCAGGCCUGUGAGAAGGCCGGGGUCCGAUGUGUCGGAUACGACCCGAUAACGAAGCGGGAAAUCCCACGCAGCUAUGUGUAUUUUCUUGAGUCGCGGGUUACAUAUCUUGAAAGGGCCUUGAUCGACAACGGGAUCGAGUUUAAUGCGGCGGCGGCUUUUGAUGAGGCGGAAGCUGUCAGAUUGGAAGCGGGCUAUGAUUCCACGCAACAAGCACACGCGGUUCCUCCGAACGGGUCAUCGGCUGCUGAAGGGUCUAUGCGCGACGGAAAUGACAAUCCGGUGCCAGUAAAGAGGGAAAAGAAUGGAUCUGCUCUUGGGUUGGAGAAGGUCUCGCGAGGCGGCCAAGGCCCGGGGCGCAGCCAGGAUACGGAUAAAGAAGAUAACUGGCGGAUACAAAACCUCGUUUCGAAUAUUGGGAUGGUCUCGGUGCAAGGAACUUCGGAUCCACGGUAUCUGGGGUCCACUUCGGGCAUCUCCUUUGCGCGGGUUGUGUUUGCUGCCGUAAAGAGUUCGGUACCUGGGAAUACAUCGGAGCGUGGUCCAAUGCGCCCUAAGGAGCGCUUACCACACAGCGCUACGGGAACUGAAGGGAGCACCACGCGAGACUCAUUCUUCGGGUUACAAACUCGGCCAAUGAUGAAGUGUGCAGCGUUCCCUGAUAGGGAACUGGCUGAGAGGCUAGCUGACCUUUAUUUUGAGCAUGCGAAUCCGCAGAUACCCAUCGUCCACCGCACUGACUUUAUGGAACUGCUUGAUCGUACCUAUGGAAUUGACGAGAAAAACCGUUCGCCUCGCAGUCUAUACAUUCUCAACAUCGUCUUUGCGAUUGGCGCCGGUAUCAUAUUCGAGGACAAGCCAGCAGAUGAUCAGAAAGAUGGUCGAGACCAUUCCCCGUCCGCAACCAAGAGACAACGUCUAUCGAGUCAUCAAUACCAGCCAGAAGAAUAUCAUGCUUCUGCGAUUGUCCACCUAGAGUCAUUCUUGUCGACUUCUUCAACCACUGACGGUUUCGGUGCUCUAGAAGAACUCCAAGCAGUCCUUCUCCUUGCCAGUUUCGCUCUACUCCGUCCUGUAGCACCUGGCCUCUGGUAUAUUGUCGGGGUUGCGAUGCGCCUUGCGGUUGAUCUUGGGCUUCAUUACGAAGACGGAACUGGCAUCGAUGGCCCUGGAAAUGUCAAUAUAAAUCGUACGCAUGACAAAAGCAGUGACAAAGGGAAGCACCGCAUCGACGUUCACGAGCGAGGCCGUCGAGAAUGGGUGCGUGAUUUUCGCCGACGACUAUGGUGGUGUUGCUACAGCUUCGACCGCCUCGUCAGUUGCUGCGUCGGCCGUCCAUUUGGCAUUAGCGAUCAGGCCAUAAGCACCGAAUUCCCAUCCAUCUUGGAAGACAAAUAUAUCACUAAAUCUGGGAUAAUGAAGGCGCCGGAAGGCUCCCCGAGUUAUAAACAUUCUGCUUUCCACUAUUUUAAGCUGCGCCUGCUCCAGUCGGAGAUUCAGGACGUCCUGCAGCACCAGCAGGCACGAUUCGCCCGGCAGAGAGUCCCACAUGCCGCCAAGAGCUUCAUGCGCGCCGACGUCGUGUCACCCUUCCUCCAAGGAUUCGACACCUUCCGCUCGUGGAGGAGAGACGUUGACCGGCGGCUGCUGGAAUGGAAACAGAGCGCACCGGCACCCCAGGAGAAUGGCGUGCGGUUCCCACUUGAGUUCCUGGAGUUGAACUAUUGGCAAGCAGUUAUCAUGCUAUAUCAGCAGAGCCUCACUGUUCCUGCUGAAUUAGUGGAUGAGCUCUCCCCUGCCGAGGAUGUCUCCAGCCCGUCGUUUUCGCAGGUAGAUGAGGAGGACGAGGAUGAUAUCUAUUACAAGGUUGCUGAAGCCGGGCAAAAAGUAAUUCGGAUAUACCGCCAAAUGCAUCGUGUGCGCCUCGUCAAUUAUACUUAUUUGGCAACGCACCACAUUUUUAUGGCAGGUAUCUCAUUCUUGUAUGCAAUUUGGCACUCGCCUUACGUGCGCAGUCGUCUGACACCCGACGAGGUGGAUUUCACUGUCCUUGCGGCGACGUCUGUACUUGGAGAUUUGAUGCAUAAGUGUCCUCCCGCAGAAGCCUGUCGUGACGCGUUUGAGCGUAUGAGCAAAGCAACGGUUGAAAUGUGUCUCUCGACAACCGGUUUUGGGCCACAAGUUGAUUUAAGCCGGAUACCGACAACUAACUUCGGGUCUAAACAGUCAAGUGCGACACAUUCCCGGUCAAGACAAUACGCAAGACAACAAGCAGACCAACGACAGCGACAUAACGUAGCCCGGCGACAGAUUCAAAUGAGACAAUCUCGACCCGUUCCUAGAUUUGAUAUGAACCUUGACGAUCUCUUUGGCGAUAAUGGACAGGGCAGCAGCGGCCUGGGAAAGCAGGUACAGCAGCCACCUUACCCUAUCCCCGAGACUUCGGAUCCAAACUUCGCGCGACCAAAUAUCCAGCGCAAUCCUUCCAUGGAAUAUUAUGGUGGUUUUGAGAAUGCCGUCUCGCCACAGGCACAGCAACCACCACAACAACAAUACUACUACGGCAACUCGCCCCAGCAAAGCGCUUCUCCAAAUAGCGUCGGUGCGACCACCGGCCUUCCACAGUUCCAACCCACAGACCAAGAACACCCCGGUAGCGUGGGCCUCGAUUACCUAGACUACGACCCAGCAAGCAUCGAGCGUCAGAUGUCGAUGGGCUCUGACGAAAACUCCGAAUACAAAUAUCAGGUGCCGUCGUUGGGCGAUGCUGGGCAAAAUAUUGGCAUCGAUCUUGGAUUCGGCAUGGCAGUUGACUUCCAGCAUGACUGGAGCGAAAACGCGAAUUAUGAUUUACUUGAAGGGUAUUUCUUUGGUGGCGGAACAGGACCGGGGUAUUCGGGGAUAUAA